AUGACAGCGGAUGGUUCGGGUGUGGUGGUGGGAGUAGGAGGAAGAGGAAGAGUGAGAGAAGGUGGACAACCUUUGAAGAAAAGAAAGAGUAAUGAUGUGAAAGACCCUCCUCCGGGAAAACCAACUUGUCCUGAAUGCAAAAGAGAGUUUUUCACAUGGAAGGCUGCAUUUGGACACAUGCGAAAACACCCUAACCGUGCUCACCGUGGUUUUUUUCCACCUCCUGUUUUUAGUUCCUCUUCUACUGCCACAAUCAACCCACCUGCACCUCAACCUAUUCAAAAUGAGGGUGAUGGUGAAAACCGUGCAAUGGAAAUUGAGGCGGGUCCCUCUGUUGCUGCUGCCGCUGCACCUGAGCCUGAUGCUGAAGAGAAGAUUGAAGAACGCAAGAAUUUAGGAUUCGACUUGAACAAGAUGCCUCCCAAUGAAGAAGAUGAAGUGUGA